GUCAAAGUUUUACAAUGUCGGCCUUUGCAACGUUGAACUGCAAAUAUGACAACUAUUAUUUUCGAAAUAUCAAAGGCUAUUCGUCCUUUCAAAAACGCAGUACUUAUGUAAAGCUUACUAGAGGAAACUCAUCUUUAUUUUGGCGAAAGCAGAUUCGUGAAGCGAAAGUUUUCAGGUUGUAUUCGAAAAUAAGAGGCGACCUUCAUCGUGUCCCAGAAAGCUUGAAUGGCGGCACAGCGAUCUUAUGGUUUCGAAAUAAUCUUCGUCUAUCAGAUAACAGUUGUCUGGACUUAGCGAAUACUGCAGAAGCAGUCUUACCACUUUAUGUCUUUGACAAACGUUCUUUGGUCCGUAAUAGACUUAAACAACAACGUUGCGGACCCUUCCGAUAUUCUUUUGUCAAAGAAAGCGUAGAGCAGCUGCAAAACAACCUUAGAGGUCUUUUCAGUGAUUUGCUUGUCGAGGUUGGAACAGCAGCCGAAGUGAUUCGCGAGUUAUGUGCAAAAUACAGCAUAAACCAUAUCGUUGCACCGAAAAUGAUUAAAGUAUCACAAGUUGCGACAGAGUUGCAUUUGAAUGCCUGUUUUGUAUGGGAUUGCACUUUACUGUCUUUUGACGAAUUGAUUGUCAAUGAAUAUCAACACAGUUUUGAGACAUUCUACAACAGUGUCAUAUCCAAAGGUUUGCCUAAGAUCUUUGAGUUGGAUAACAGUCAACGUCCCUUUUUAAAACCUUUACCUUUUGGUUACAAACCAAGUUUUGCUAUACCUUUACCUCAUUUGGUGAAUGACUUGGGAGUUGAAAAUUUAUGCACACCCUAUGAAUGGCCAUUUCCUGAACCUCGAGCAGUAUAUCCUUUUCGGGGUGGAGAGGACUCUGCAAAAGAACGUCUAACUGACUAUUUUGUGAAGAAGAAUGGCUUACAACUUAUCGCCGAUCUUGAAAACUACUCCGGUGUUAUGGACUCGUCCACAAAACUUUCUCCGUGGAUUUCAAUUGGCUGUGUUUCUGUACGGCAAGUGUACUGGGAAGGUUAUCGUUCUUAUAUGAAAAACAUGGACAGUCAAGUUGCCAACUUAUGGUUGAAACGCUUUUUAUGGCGGGAUUUCCUUUAUCUACUUUGUCUUCAAGAGGGUUCGGCUGUUUUUCGUGAUAGAACAGUCAACGAGGACGCCCCCGAGUUUCCUUUAUAUAAACAAAGUGCGACACCUUACGAAACGAUUUGCAACCAGGCAAUUCAGACGUGGCUAGAGGGACGUACGGGUUAUCCUUACAUCGACGCUCAUAUAAAGGAACUUAUUACAACUGGUUAUAUAAGCUUCCGAGGAAGGUUGAACGUAUCUUCCUUUCUUGUUCACGAACUUGAUGGAAUAUGGCAACUUGGUGCCGAAUUUUUUGAACAUUAUUUGAUUGAUCAUGACCCAGUCAUCAAUUGGGGUUAUUGGUAUCAUCUCUAUGAGAAGAAACAGAUCGGCGUUGAAAGUAUACAAGUCGACACUAUCGAAGAGGCAAACAAAUAUGAUCCGGAUGGUUUCUAUGUGAAAAAAUGGCUCAAUCAACUCGUCUUACUCCCGCCUCCUUUUUGUCAUGAGCCUUAUCUUCUUUCAGAAGAAGAGCAAAAUCAGUUCCAAGUUAUUCUUGGAAGUGAUUAUCCGGAGCCUGUUCUAUUCCCAACGGUUUCCGAAGAAAUAGAAAGAGCACGUCAAUUUCUUUCUUCAUCUUCUUGAGAAUAUUAAAGGUUGGAUAGAAAUUGACGAGAUACUGGUAUACUAACUAGUCCUUUCUGUUGAUAGUUCUUUACAAAUUUAUAAACACGUUCGGUUAACC